AUGGCGGAGAAUACGGAGUCGUCUGUUCUUCCAGACAGCAAGACAAAGGAGAAUAACAAUGCAACGUCGUCACAAAAUGGGAAUCCCCCUCCACCACCAACAAUAACGACAAAAGCCAUUGAACAACAGCAGAUAGCACUACCUGCCAAGGCCGAUGCAGCUGCAGGCCAAGCUCAUGCGUCGCCCAAAAAGCGUCGCAAAGUCAAUCAUGCGUGCGUGUAUUGCAGACGUUCGGAACGACCAUGCACGCGAUGCAUCAAACGCAACAUCGGCCAUUUAUGCCAUGACGAGCCACGCGAACCUGCCAAGAAAAAUCGCGGCGAACAUGAAGAAGGCGGAGCUGUCGCAAGCGAUUUUGGAAGUUCCCAUGGUUUGCCUGAAGUAGGGGGUCAAUCAAUGCUCCCGGAUUCGUCAUUAAGCAUUCGUCCAUCGACUAUCGAUCCUUCUCAGGCGGUGCAGCCUUCUCCAAUCUCCACGGCGGCCUUGGAUAGAAAUAGUCAGAUGUAUGGAUAUAGCGGAGAUUGGGCCAUGAACGGACAAAGCCAAUUUCAGGACAUGCACACAUUUCACCCGUCAUAUAUGUUCAAUGCACCAGAGGUCACGAACGAGUACAACUUGCUUGGCGAUUUCCUGAACAACAGUUUGUUGGAUGACAAUGGCAUGUAUGGCAAUGACGAACUCCAAGGACUGUUUUCGGACUCUUCUUUGAUCAAUAUGUCCACCAAUAUGAACGGCAGUGCCGCUCCAUUUACCCAGCAACAACAGCUAUCGCAAUUGGCAUCACACCAGGCAGCGAACGCGCAGACUACUUCUAUGCAACGUCCUACCCCCGCCGUUCCCACAGACAAGGCUCGAGAAAACUAUUAUAUGACCGCUGCGGAUCCUUCCGGAUCAGAUCCUCCAGAGGAAAGAAUGAACAAGUUGCUGAAGGCUAAGUAUGAAGCUGGCAUGUUGAGACCGUUCAACUACGUGAAGGGUUAUGCUAGGCUGAAUCAGUACAUGGAGCAGCACAUGCAACCAGCAUUGCGCCACAAGAUCCUCCGUCAACUUGACAAAUUCCGCCCAAAGUUUCGAGAACGAAUGCAGAGUCUAACCGAUAUUGAGCUUGUGCUCUCCGAAAUGUGGUUCGAGCGGAGUUUGAUGGAAUAUGACCGAGUCUUUGCCAGUAUGGCUAUACCCGCUUGCUGUUGGCGACGAACUGGCGAAAUUUUCCGCGGCAAUAAAGAGAUGGCUGAAUUGAUCAAUGUGCCUAUCGAAAAUCUAAGAGAUGGAAAACUUGCUCUGCACCAAAUCAUCACAGAGGAUCAGCUUGUCAGUUACUGGGAGAAGUUCGGCGCUAUUGCUUUUGAUGGCUCUCAGAAGGCAAUGCUCACCAGCUGCACUCUGAAGAGCCCGGACGAUGACCACCAAACCAAAGGCAUACCCUGUUGUUUCUCGUUUACUAUUCGUCGCGAUCCAAAUGCCAUGGGACUUGAUACCAUUCGUUUUGAACGAGUACUUAUGAAGGAGCCCGCUGGCAUACGGCACGCACCUUCCGUUGCAGCCAACGUAUUCAUCUUCAUCUUCAUCUUCACUUUCAUUUAUUCACUACACUGUGCAGCCCUGUUGGAGAAUCCAAUUCAGAUUCAGAAGACAAAUUUUCGGGAUGUUUCCGCUCUCGCAUAUGGCGUUGUCAUCCCGUUCAUUGAAGCUCCUGGAUACAACGGCCACGGCAUUGUGGAAUGCUUUUACGCGGUUUCUGCAGCGUACCGAUGGUUCGGUUGA